AUGCACCACAAAUUAAACCGAUUGAUCGUGGUCAUCGACCUCGCCGGUGCCGUGAAGGAGCUUGUAGAGAACAGCGUCGAUGCCGGCGCCACCAACAUCGAGAUUCGCCUGCGUAACAGCGGCGAGUCGUCCGUGGAGGUGAGCGACAACGGUCACGGCGUCGAUCCUACCAACUACCCCUUCAUAGCCAAGAAGCACUGCACGUCCAAGCUGCGGGCCUUUGACGACCUGCAGUGGGUCAGCACGUUCGGCUUCCGCGGCGAAGCCCUCAGCUCGCUGUGCGCCCUCUCCAAACUUACCCUGUGCACGCGCACAGCUCAGCAAACCGUGGGGAUGCUGCUCACCUACGACCACAACGGCGAGCUGGUCAGCCAGGUCCCCAAAGCGCGCGCCGUGGGGACGACGAUCCACCUGCAGGACCUAUUCGCUUCGCUUCCUGUGAGGCAGCGGGAGUUCAAGCGCAACAUCAAGCGUGAGUUCGCUCGGCUCGUGAGCGUGCUGCAGGCGUACUCCAUAAUCACCACCAAUGUGCGCAUCACCUGCCAGAACCAGAAGGACAAAGGGCCGUCGACGCGCGUGUUGGGCACCAGCGGAAGCGGUCUGAAGGACAACAUCGUGAACGUGUUCGGACCCAAGCUGGUGGCGCACAUCAUGCCGAUCGAUCUGCCCGGCAUCACCUACACCACACGCAAGCGAGUCGAAAAGAGUUUCGGGGGGACUGGCCGCAAUACCGGCGACAGGCAAUUCCUCUACAUCAACAGCCGCCCGGUGGACCACUCCAAGAUCGUCAAGGUGAUCAACGACGUCUAUCGGCAAGCCAACCCCGGCCAAUCCGCCAUCUUCUUCCUGAACUUCGCCCUGGAGACCGACUCGUACGACGUCAACGUGACGCCGGACAAGCGGACCAUCAUGCUCCACGACGAAUCCGACAUCGUCCAAGCCCUCAAGGCGGCCCUGGAAAAGUUCUACGGCAUCUCUGAGUCACACGCCUACGGGCUAAACGACUCGCUGUCGCUUCAAUUCGUGGACGACGACGAAGAUCACGCAGGCGGCAGAGGCGAUGACGCCGGCGAUAGGCCGCCGGCGCUCUCACAGGGCAAGGGUCCUACGAGGGCCGCGAGUAAGAGCGUACCGCCGCCGAGCCCGAGUCGAAUCGCGGUGGCUGGAGGUGGCGUGCGGGUCAACUCGCAGCGGACGAGCUCGCGCCAAUCGUCUCCCGUACCCGCCGGCGGCCUCAUGUCCCCGGCGGGCCGCGGCGGCCAACCGCCGGCGCCCGUACCCCUGCACUCUACGAGCGAGCCGGCGCCGGAGGAGCUAGACGAUGUCGUCGAUGACAUCAAUGCAACACAAGAAGACGGGGGAGACGAAGACGUCGAGGCGGCGGAAGUAAGCGGCGGUAGCGACACGAGCGCGAAGCCGGCGCUCUCGCUCAGCGCGUUCGCCUUCUCCUCGCCGAUCAAGGCCGUAGCCCCCAAGACCUCCCGGGCGAGCGUGUUGGACCGGUUCAGGAACCUCCAACGCUCGUCGUCCGCGCCCUUGUCGGGAGCAGCCUCGCCGUCAACGUCAACGACCACCGCGACCACUGCGGUCCCGCCGCCUUCGCCGUCCUCGCUGUCGCGAACGUCUGGCAUCUCCACGACCACGGCCUCGACCUCGACCACGACCACGGCCAGCACCACUAAGAUCGGGUUGACGACGAAGAUCGACAGCGCCGCGGACAUCUUCACCCGCUUCGCGCUGGGCAGUCCCACGAUCAGCCCCGCCUCGCUGUCACGUGCGCCGUUGAAGCGAAAGCGAUCGGACGACGACGAGGCGGUGGCACCGCUCUUCGAUCAUGUCAAGACCGAGAAGGCGGAUGAUUGUCACAAGGAGGAGAUUGGCGAUGAUGGCGAAGAAGCCAAGCUGUCCAGUGCCGGCUUCUUGAAGCAGGUCAAGGAGGAGAUCAAAGGCGAAGAACGCGACGAGGAAGAAAGCGUAGUCGACCGCGAUAAGCAGCGACCGUCGAAGAAGAAGUUCAAGCGAAGCGGCGCGGAUGACGACGCGGCCCAAUCUAUUAUUUAUGUCACCGACGCCGAACUUGAGCUCGGCGGUCAUCAGAAGGACCAGGAGGCGACAACCGCCACCGGAGCCGGACACGCGACGACGAUCGAUUUUGAUGUGCAGGCGUGGAAGGCGAGGAACAAGCGCGACCAAGAGCGAAGGGCCAAAAAACGCGAAAGAGACGCCAACGACGGCAAGACGGGCGCCGGCCGCGUCAAGGAGGAAACAGGCGAGGAGGCCGCCGCAAAGAAGAACUCGGCGACGGCAGCAAAGCAGAGGAUCAAGUUUUCGCUGGGCGAUCUCCCGCUUGGGCGCUCGAACGAGGGCGUCAACGAUGACGAGGGCCACAACGACGACGAGGGACGCAGCGAUGAACACGACGAGGAGCACCGGUGCGAACACGCCCCGCCGACGACUGGCGACGCUGCCGCCGAGGAGGAACUGCGGCGGGUCUUCAAGAAAUCGUUCUUUGACGAUCUCCAGGUUAUCUUGACGGUUUUGGUGUUGCGCGGCCAGAUCAUCGGGCAAUUCAAUUUGGGGUUCAUCAUCGCCAAGCUGGACCAGGACGUGUUCAUCAUCGAUCAGCACGCCUCCGACGAGAAGUACAACUACGAAACACUCCAACAGACCACCGUCAUCAACACCCAGCCACUCCUCAGUCCGCUGAGCAUGGAGCUCACGGCGGUGGAGGAGAGCAUCGUGAUGGACAACCGGGAGAUGUUCCGCAAGAACGGCUUCCACUUUGUCAUCGACGAACAGGCGCCGCCGCGCCAGCAGGUCAAACUGGCCUCGGUGCCGUUUUCCAAGAACAAACAGUUUGGCGUCGAAGAUGUGCACGAACUGAUCUGUCAGUUGGAGGAACACCCGGGCAUGAUGUGCCGCCUGUCGCGCGUGUCGGCCAUGUUCGCCUCGCGCGCUUGUCGCUCCGCCAUCAUGAUCGGUACGGCGUUGAGCAAGAAGGAGAUGAAGCGGGUGCUGCACAACAUGACCCUCCUCGAGAAUCCCUGGAGUUGUCCGCACGGCCGUCCCACCAUGCGACACCUCUUCGACCUCUCCACCAUCGCCUCCCUCACCACCGCCGCCGGUGAUGCCCAUCGUCAGCGCUCCCCUUCCUCCACACUCCAGCGGUGGCAGGCCGCGUGGCGGAGCUCACCCGAAUGGCACGCCCACGCCGCAAAACCGGUGGACUAA